AGGGCAGCGACCGUCAGUCGGCCUCUCGAUGACGGAAUGUGUGAAAAUUUUUAAGAUGGUGAUCAACUGUAUUUUUCAUUUAUUAGUAAAAAAAAUCAAGUCUGAAGCUUUGUGAUUAUGUUGAAAUGGUAAAAAUGUGUUUAAAACAGUGACUGCGCCUGUUAAAUCGAGAUCAAAUAGGUGUAACGGACACAGAGUGCAGUACGUGUUAAGUGCAAUCGCUGACAUUGUUUCGUUAAAAAUUGUUGAGCCCAUCGCGAUUGUUAUGUUUAGUAUUCUAUUGUGUGCUUUUAUAACACCUUGUAAAUGGUAUAAGAGAUUCUGAUGUUUCCUAAGUCAUGGAGAGGCAGGAGAGAUCACAUGCCAACAUGGAGGCCACUGACUGUGUGGACACAAAACAGUCGAAGCAACGGGCAUCGAUAAAAUGGCUGUUGACGAAGGCGUUCAACAACAGGGUCCCGGAUAAUCUUCAGGAGCCCUUUUACAGGGAUCAUGAGGAUCAAGAGCACCUCAAACCGCCCAUAGUUGGCGGGCUGGCGAACGCUGAGCUGUACUGCCUGGCGCUCGCCAACAUGUACUCCGACCCCAACUACCACAGUCUGAACCAUUGGAACAUACUCCAGACCUUCGCGAGGAAAGGCGUGCACGUUCCCGACCCACCCGACUGCGCGCUCACCGAAACAGUGCUCAUACAAACCAACCCACUCAAAAUGAGCGGUCAUAUGGCUGUGAUAGAAGCAUUGAUGGUGCUAUACGCGCGCGAGGUGGUGACGCCGGACCGCGUGGCGGCGGCGGCGCAGCGGUUCGGCGCGGGCGCUCCGCCGCUCAGCAACACGCCCGGCGCGCCCCAUGAAGACGGCCUGCUCUGCUGGAUCAACGCUGCCUGCGCUGCGCUUAAUAAGGCUGAGGAGGACACAUCAUCGCACGUUCCGAUGUUGAAAAGUCUCCAAGAGAUCUGCGACGGCACUGCGCUAGCGGCGUUGAUCUCGUUCUACUGUCCGGACGCGCUGCCGCGGUCGGCGGUGCGCGUGGGCCGCAUGGCCUCCAUACAAGACUGCCUGCACAACCUCAUGCUCGUGCACGACUUCUGCCGGACUGCGCUGCCGCACAACGUGUUCCAUAUGAUGCCUGAGGACGUUACUUAUAUGAGAGGGUCAAUGCGUCAAAAUUUAGUAGCAAUGCUCGCCGAUCUCUUCAAUAUGCUAGAAGUUCAUCCUGUGAAAUCUGUCAAAUACCCAGGAAGUGCGGCGGGCGGCGCGGUCAACGAGCAGGGCGUGCGCCUGCGCCGCAGCCUGCCCGCGCCGCAGCCCGCGCCCAUCCCGCAGCUGCGGGCCGCCGCCGACGACAACACGCUGCCGCCCUUCGCAGUGCCUCGGUCCCCGUCGUCGCUGAGCAGUCGGUCCCGCGCGGCGUGUCGCUCGGCCAGCUCGACCCCCGAGCGGCGCUCCGCCAGCCCGGCCCGGGACGACUUCGUGGUCCACAGGACGAGGCAUAUCACCACACUCGCUGCCAUGGUCCGCAGGGACGAUGAUAAUGCAUUAGAAAUGAACAUGACGGCGGCGGGUCGUCCGUCGAACUGGGCGGAGUCCCGCGACGCAUCGUUCGCGGGCCGGCGGUCGCGGCGCUCGUCCAUAUCCGACGACUCGCAGCUCACCGUCGAGAACUUUGGCGGGUCUCAGGACCGACUACACUUCGCCGGUAGAAACCCCGAGAAAGAACUCGCUACUGUCGCUAACGUUAGGAAGAUCUCCGCUCCUUCGGGACCUCUUGACUACAACCCGCCUCUCCGUUCAUCCCGUCAAGACAUCCGAGGGUCAAUACAGUUCUUCCACGGUGAUUUCCAAAACGGCUCUCAGACGGAAGAAAAACCGAAGGUUGAGCGACAGAACUCGAACCCUCAGAAUCAGAAUACGGAUAAUGAACCUUACUUCCCUAUCAGACGGCAACUGAGCAGUGAUACUAUAACGCUAAGAGAGAGGCAGGAGAACUUUGGGUUCCAGUGUAAGGGCGGCGGGGACGGGGGGUUCUUCCUCAACGACCGCGACUCCACGGACGGGGACGUCACCAAAACUAGCUUCGCCGACCUCAAUAAAAUCAGGAGUAAUGGUGACCCGACAGGCGGCGAGGUGGAGCGGCGCAAGAGUGCGACGUUCGCGGCCCCCGCCACCACCACCUGGCAGCAACAGGUGCUGCAACACGACCUGCAGCCCAACGGCGAGGACAUAGCAGACGAAUCAACAACAUCAAGUGGGGGACAGAUGGCCGCUCAACUAAACAACAUUCGACUAAAGCUAGAAGAGAAACGGCGACGCAUAGAGCAGGAGAAGAGACGUAUGGAAAUGGCAGUCAACAGGCAGAGACAGCAAUUAGGACAACAGGCAUUCUUACAAGCAGUCACUAGGGAUACAUUAUUGCAAUACCAGUUGGCCUCCUUGGGCAAGGGCGCGCGCACGCCGCACGACGACGACAACAAGCCGGACCUGCCGCCGCAACAGGAAUUGGUGGUGGAACCACCGAGUCAGCGGGACACAGUCGACACCGCGGUGUUAGAACAGUACCAACAAUCUAUUGCCAAAAUGAACUCCAGCCUGCAGGACAUACAGAGCGACAUCGCGCGCCUCGCCAGUCAACAAACACAGUUGCAACAACAACAACACCAUCAGCAACAGCAACAACAGGCGAAACAGUUGUUCCAGCAACCGCAACUGCAACAACCGAUGCAACAGAUGCAGCCGCAACAACCGCAAUCGCCGUAUCAGCAACAUCAGCAACAACAGCAACAGUAUCAACCCAACAUUCCACAACUGCACAGCCAAUUCAGCUCACAGCACAAUGUGUCCCGGCCCGGCCUCGCCAGCUUCGGCUCCACGCCACACAUUCCGCGCGAAUUCCAGCAACAACAACAGCAACAACACUACAACUACGACCAGUACCAGUACAACCAGUACAGGGACAUCGAGGACUACGGACAGCAACAGUUCUAUCUGCACGAGGCCGCGCCACCGCCGCGCCGCACCUGGGCGCAGCAUGCCCAGCUGCAGCAGCAACAACAAGGGGGCUGGCAGCUUCAUCAACAACAAAAUCACCAACAGCAUCAGCAGCAACAUCAACAGCAUCAACAGCAUCAGCCACAUCAGCAACAUCAACAACAUCCGCAGCAUCAACAACAUCCACAACAUCAACAGUUUGGUCCCUCAACACCGGAGCCUCCACAGAGGACGUGGAAGUCUCCUUCACCCCAGCCGCCACCGGACCGGAAUUGGCAACCGCAAGGUUUCGUGCUGCACGACCGAACCAACCAGCAGCAACAACCCUUCCAAGUGCACUACAACAACGACCGGUACCAGAACGGCACCGAGAACAUUCGAGAACCACAAAACCAUUUAAGCUACACUGUGAUAAACCCCAACCAGUACGUGUCCCAGUCCCCGCCGCUGGCCGCGUCCCCGGUGCGGCGCGCCAAGACCCCGCAGCGCCAGGGCUCCCUGCCCGAGGUGGCGCGCCGCGCCGACCCCGUCAGCCUCAUGCAGCUGCAGGCGCCGCCGCAGCCCGCGCAGCUCCCGCCGCCUGACGACAUGGAGCCGCAGAACAUCUCCUUCAUCGGCAACGCCGAAGACGACGCUCUGCGGCAAGGCAUCAAUAGACUGAAUAUUUCGUCGGGCACGCGGACCUACCGCAUCCCCUCCCCGACGAGGCCGUCCCUCAGUAGAAACUCGUUCCAGCAGCUCGAGCAGGAGGAGCCGAGCGAGCCGAACGAGAAAGGGUUCUACAUUUCGUUCGAUAACGAUCAACCGAAGCGGCCGAAACCUCCUUUACGAGCGAAACGAGGCUCGCCGAAGAAGGAACGGUCGACGGAGAUCAGUCCGGAACGAAGUCCAGAGAACACGUGGAACGAGCGACUGCCGCAGCCCACGCACGAGGAAGAGUUCGUGGUCCACAGGAGUACAGGGUUGGAACAAACGAUACGAUCUAAUGACGUUUCUUCGGAGCGCAGAGAAACGCCACCUAGAGAACGACCCCAACGAGCCAACAAUGCGGAGCCCGCAGCGUUAAUUAUCGGCGAGUUGAAUCCUGACCCGAACUCGGCGGAGGAGAUGGAGCGCAAGAAGGAGCGCAUCAUGUUGCUGUCGCUGCAGCGGCGGCAGCGCGCGGACGAGGCGCGCGCGCGGGCCGACGCCGCCGCCGCCGCGCGCCGCGCCCGGGACGACGCCGCCAACGAACUCAAGCAGGCGCGCAAGGAGGAGCAGGCGCGCCGUCGGGAGGCCAUCCUGCACCAGUACAAGCUCAAGAAGGCCAUCGAGGAGGCCGAGCGGGAGGGCAAGCACAUAGACAAAUCCGAGUUCCUGGAGAGUCUAAACCGCGGUAACACAGUAGCGCCGGCGCCGACGCCGACGGGCGGCGCGGCGCGCCUGCGCAGCAAGGCGGCGGCGGCGCGCGCGCGGCCCAAGACCAUCCACGUCGACAGUACCGUACUGCACGCGGCCGAGGGCAUGCUCGCUACGAAGCAACCUUCCUCUACCAACCUCACAGCGGGCGGGAUGCGGCGCGACUACUACCGCGGGUCCCAGGACAGUCUCGCCGAGCGCGCCGGACUCUACCGGGAGUCUCCGGUAGAGGACCGUGGCGGUAUGUCCCCGGGUAGUGCGUCGAGCGGCCCGCUGGGUCGGCGUGGUUCCUGCAAGACGUCUCGAGAGCGCGUGAAUGAGGAACCACAGUCUUCACGUGGAAGGUCUAAAUAUACGAGUUACCAGAGUAACUUUAAGGCGGGACGGAAGUCAAGCUCUCUUAUGAAUUUGUGCGACUCGGGGCUGGGUCGCGCGACGCCGCCGCGGCGCGCCGCGUCCCCGGGCGUGCGCACGCUGGGCUCGCCCGCGUCGGGCCCCGGCUCGCUGCCCGGCGCCAUCGGCAAGCGCCGCCAGCACCACGACGACACCUCCGACGUCUCCUCCACGCACUCCUCCAUCAUGGACUACUCAGGUCCAAGACUGUACAAACAACCUUCCUCGAAGUCGAACCGCGGCAUAAUGCUGAACGCGGUGGAGUACUGCGUGUUCCCGGGCGCAGUGAACGCGGAGGCCAAGCGGCGCGUCCUCGAGGAGAUCGCGCGCUCCGAGAGCAAACACUUCCUCGUGCUGUUCCGGGACGCGGGCUGCCAGUUCCGGGCGCUCUACUCGUACUGCCCCGACACGGAACAGGUCACCAAGCUCUACGGCACGGGACCCAAACACGUCAAUGAUAGGAUGUUCGAUAAGUUCUUCAAAUACAACUCGGGUAGCAAAUGCUUCUCGCAAGUGCACACGAAGCACCUGACGGUGACCAUCGACGCGUUCACGAUACACAACUCGCUGUGGCAGGGCAAGAAGGUGCAGCUGCCCAGCAAGAAGGACAUGGCGCUUGUCAUAUAGACGUUACACUAAAUUUUAAAGAAUCCAUUAUCUAGUCGCCGGCGGCAGUCGAGUCAAGCCUUUUUACUCUUCAGUUAAACGCUAUGGUAGGGCAAUAGUGCCAGUGUCCAUUACAUUGUAUUUUAAAAUGUCGGUUAGUGCGUUUCCUCGGCGAAAGCUGUUUUAUUGAACAUGAGAAUUAUGUUAAUUUUGCUUGUGUUAGGUGUGUGGUCGACCGAAGUGUUCUGGACCGGCCCCCCGUCCGCCGGCGCCAGUAAUCAGUCUCGAGUCAUAGUAAUCAAUUGUAGGAACGGCGGCGGCGGACGGCCGGCCCGGCGGUGCCUGUGUCAUAUUGUACAGUUAGGGAGGAUGUCGGCUCGAAUCGAGUUUGUUAUGUUUGCUUCGAUCGGUUCCGUAAGUGAUGUAUCGCGGCCGCGUGUUUGUGUUGUAAUUAGUUCCCGUGCCGAGCUCGUGGCGGUGGCGGCGGAUCGCUUCCGUAACGUAUGUAUGCGUUGAUUAAUGCUGCGUUAGUUACAAAUGUGUUACUCAGUGUAUAAUCGCUAUGUUUGCCAUAUGUAUUAGUGAGAUGGUCGAUACGUUCCAAAUUGAUUAAAUUGUCUCAAAAAUAGAACAGCCCAAAAGUUUACGGUCGAUAAUUUAGAUACAUUAAUGAUAUUGUUUUAGUAGAACUGUCUCCUCACACAUAAGUAACAAGUUCACAAACUAAUAUUAUCGCUUAUUCGUUAUAAUAUUUAACUCGUUAGUGAUUACGUUCAAGUUGACUGGAGCUAAGAUUUGUUUAACUGACCCCAUUCAAUGUUAAUUCAAUUCCCAUUUUUUUACUGCUUGUAUAGCUAAAACUAAGAAAGGCACAUUUUACGUGGUAAUUGUACUGCCUUAUCCUGUAAAUAAUUGUUUUUUUGUAUACAGCUAUUUAUUAAACGAAUGUUAAAGGAGAAUUGAUGAAUAUCAUUUUUCAUUGUUUAAUGAUUGGUCAUCAAUAAUAUACUACUGAUAGUAUAUUGUAUGCAAAUAUAUUGUAUUACUUAAAACCAUAACGAAAUAAUAUUGAAUUUCAUAUUAA